GCCACAAAGAGCCCUGUCCUCCCUAGCGGUUUUGGUUUCUCGCAGUCACUCGAAGGCAGCACGUCUUUUUCUCUUCUUUAACAUUUAUCUGCUUCUUUUUCCUGAUAAUAAACAACCAUGAACCGAAGCCUGAGCAGGUCUAGUCUGAUGUCCAGUGGCGCGUUCCAGAACGCGCUACGAUCAAGUGCUGCCACAGUUUUUGGAGAAGGUGGCGGCCGGGCAGCUCGCAUCGCCAUUCCUGCCAUACAGUCACUGACCAACAACCUGCGCUCCUCCCUGGACCUCAACGCUUUGAGCGCGGUAGUCAGUGACAAAGAAACGAUGCAAGGGCUGAACGACCGUUUGGCUGGCUACCUAUCCAGGGUGCGAGGGCUGGAGGACGCGAACAUGCAACUAGAGAACCAGAUCAAGGAACUGAUGGCCAAGAGGGGUUCUACGGAGAGGGACUGGAGCGCCUUCGAGAAGCAGCUGGCCGAGCUGAGAAAGCAGGUUUCGGACAUGACCAUGGAUAAUGCCAGACUGUUGCUGCAGAUAGACAACGCCAGGCUGGCUGCUGAUGAUUUCAGAGUCAAGUGGGAAUCAGAACUGGCUAUGCGUCAGAGCGUAGAGCAGGACAUCUAUGGGCUGAGGAAGAUCAUCGAUGACACCAAUGUGAGCCGCAUGCAGCUGGAAAAUCAGAUUGAGUCAAUGAAAGAAGAACUGGCUUACCUGAAGAAGAAUCAUGAAGAGGAAGUGAAUGCCAUACAAAGCCAGAUUAACAAUUGCCAAGUGGAUGUGAAUGUGAAAAUACCAAAGAGUGUGGAUCUCAGCGAGACCAUGGAGCAGAUUCGCAGUGAGUAUGAGAAGGUAGCCCAGAAGAAUCGCGAGGACACUGAAGCCUGGUACAAGAGCAAGUUUGAUGAAAUCUCAACAGAGGUCAGCCACAACACGGAAGCACUGCAGAAAGCCAAGAGUGAAAUCAAUGAGCUGCGGCGGCAGAAAACAACACUGGAGAUUGAUAUACAGACACUGGUUAACAUGAACCGCUCUCUGGAGGACAACUUGAGAGACACUGAGAACCGUUACAACAUCGACAUGACGAAGCUUAACCAGAUCACUAUCGGCCUAGAAGCAGAGCUAGGGGACGUGCGCAGAGACAUUGAACGCCAAGCCCAAGAAUACACUCUGCUGUUGAACAUGAAAGUGAAGCUGGAGGCCGAGAUUGCUACCUACCGUCGUCUCCUUGAGGGUGGAGAAGAAAGAAGUCAACCAGUGAUGCCACUAAAAGCAGAGCCGGUAAAGCAGACAAUUAAGAAAGUGGUGGUGAUCAACCAGGAGCUUGUAGAUGGAAAAGUUGUGUCUCAUCGCGAAGAGGAGAUUCAGCAAUGAAAAGCUUCAGACAGAAGCACAAGCCCCACUCCACUCUUCAAAUUUGUCCUCUCAACAAAUUCAGCACUCAUAUGAUUUCAAGAUUUUUUUUUUGUAGCUCAACUGGGGUGUUUUGAGAUAAAAAUAAACGUUUGAUUCUA